UACACAGAGAAGAGGUGCGUCUUGAGUUUCCGUUUGAAGGUGCUCAGACACUCUGCUGUUCUGACCUCCACUGGAAGAUCGUUCCACCAUCGUGGGGCCAGAACUGCAAAGAGUCGAGACCUUGUUGCUGCUCGUGUUGGGGGAGGAAUCAGCCGCCCUGUAGUAGCCGAUCGGAGCGAUCUGGCCGGCUUGUAGGGUCUGAUCAUCUUCUGCAGAUAACCAGGAGCUGACCCCUUGACUGCUUGGAAAGCAAGCACCAGUGUCUUAAACCGGAUGCGAGCUUGCACUGGUAGCCAGUGGAGGGAGAUGAGGAGGGGAGUGACGUGGGAGUCACGAGGGAGGUUGUAAACCAGACGUGCUGCUGCAUUCUGGAUGAGCUGAAGGGGUCUGGUGGCUGAUGCUGGGAGGCCAGCCAGGAGGGAGUUGCAGUAGUCCAGACGUGACAGUAUCAUGGCCUGGACCAGGAGCUGUGUGGAAUAAUUGGUGAGGAGUGGUCUUAUUCUGCGGAUAUUGUACAGGAUGAACCUGCACGACCGGGUGGUUGCCGCGAUAUUCUCAGAGAGUGACAGCCUGUUGUCGAGCACAACUCCAAGAUUUCGGGCACUCUGUGAAGGGUGUAGGGGAGUGUCUCCUAAAGAAAUGGGCAGAUGAGAAGUGGGAGAGAUAACUCAGCCCAGACCCAGGAGUGUCCGCUGUCCAUUCAGAACCAUGUGCUGACAGAGUACCAUCUCACCGCAAAUGUCCAUCAGCACGAGAUCACAGCUGUGUCUCACACACCGCAAACAUGCGAAAUGGAAGCUGCGAUUUCUGUAGGCUACUGCUCAUUUCAGCUGUGGUGCACAAACUGUAGCACGAUGUGUUGUGAAACAAGACUGCAUUUGCUUACCAAGGACAAAAACCAUAGAUAUAUUCUUUGACAGACUUUUGGAGGCUCUCAGCACGAGCUCAACAGAUCCUCACCGUAGUUUUAAACUAUAUGGUCAAUAUUUAAGUAGGGCCUAUUUCUAUUUUUGAAAAGCACUAUCGUUUUAGAAAGGACUGUAGUUGUGAUGAAGUAUUAAACAGUUAGUGCUUUGCGUCAAAUAACUGCACUGAAACGCUUGUGUAGUCAGCAGCCUUUCCAUCAUUUUCCCUUCACUGGCCUGGCCAAACGGCGCUCAGCUUUUCUUUAACCAAUGACGUCAUUACUGUUCGACGGCGGUAAAGUCGAACUAGACUUCCGGGAAAGCUGUUAGUACAGCUCAGUGAAGCUAGCGUCAAAAUUUUAUGAUUUUUUUCAUUAUGUAUUUGGCAACGAUACAGGUAAUCGAUGUCCACUGAUCCGUAAGUAUUUUAGCAAAUAUUUCUUUGUUGUGGAAGUUCUCGUUUGCCGUCGUGGUGACGAGGGAUAAUGAGGAUACAAUGCCUACUGCUCAAGUUAGCUUGCUGAAUUUAAGUUGUCGUUGACAAUAACUCAGCUGGAACGGUUAUUAGCUGAACUGUUAGCCACCUUUAUUUUAUUUUAAAGCAAAAUGAUGUGAAGCAAUGUGAAGUAUUUAGAAUGUCUGCUAAGUGGCUAUAAAUAUUUAUUUUUCCAUACGUAGGAUUUUUGGGUGUAAAUAUAAAAGCUAUUGUAGCUCAUUCAUUAAGCAUUGUGACGAAGCAUACAGAUUGUUAUCUGCCAAGUAACUGAGACCUCCUCUGAGUGAGUAAUAGAGAAUAGUGUACAUUAAAAGCUGAUUAAUUGAUUAAAUCAGCUGAAUUGGUAACGUCCAUCGGUACGAUGCUUAUGUUACUCAUUGCAAAGAUGCAGCAGUAUGAUGAACAGUGCGGCGAGCGGAAUAAUGCGCGUGCUGUGCGUCAGUGCGCUGCAGGAGAGCUGAACGGGGGAGUGGCCGCGUUCUCAGUCUGAGUGCUGCGGGACGAGCUUGGACUCCUCACGAGGAAGAGUUGCACGUGGAGAAUGAGGGAUUUGAAGAUGUGGAGGACGAGAGGGACCCAACGGCCCAUCAUCUUGCAGCACCAUCAGGUUUUAUUUUUUCCUAAAGGCCCAAGACUGCACUGGGUUUCAGACUGCACAGCCAAACACUGCACUGAAAACUCCAUCCUUUUUAGAAACGAGCCGCUUUCUUCUUCUGUGUCUGUCAGCGCAGUGUGUCACAGGGGCGGGGUCUUCUGGUGGGAGGAGUCCUGACAGCCUGCAGUGACGCAGAGUUGGAAUAUAUGGAGAAAAUGUAAAUGGCGUGCGCUGAUUUGUCACUGUGGCUGUUUGAAGUGUUCCUGCAGUGCUCUUAUAAGGCAGCAGUGAGUGUGAUUGGUGGGGGGGAAAGAGUGUUCUCUCUCACAGGGGGGCCGGGUGUGUGCACAGGGCUCAGUCUCUCUGAGAGCUCAAAGGUGAAGGUGUGAGCAUCCACUCUGCUCUGAGGAAGGUUUGGUUUGUUUGCGCUGAAGAUGGAGAGAUGUCUGUUCUUUCUCUCUCUCUCCUCCCUGCUCCUGCUCUCCACAGUCAGCAGUGAGGAUGUGAGGCUGGUGAAUGGAGGCAGCCCCUGUGCUGGGAGAGUGGAGGUUUACCAUCAGGGAGAGUGGGGGACAGUGUGUCAUGGGGGCUGGGGUUUGACACAUGCUGGGGUGGUGUGUAGACAGCUGGGCUGUGGAGAUGCUGUAGCAGCACCAGGAGAUGCUCACUUUGGACACGGGUCUGGGACAAUAUGGAUGGAUGAUGUGUUCUGCUGGGGAUCAGAAUCCACACUGAAGGAGUGUGACUCACGAGGAUGGGGUGUACAUAACUGUAGUCAUGGAGAUGAUGCUGGAGUGAUCUGCUCAGGCAGUGAGGAUGUGAGGCUGGUGAAUGGAAGCAGCCCCUGUGCUGGGAGAGUGGAGGUUAACCAUCAGGGAGAGUGGGGGACGGUGUGUGAUUAUGGCUGGAGUGUGGAACAAGCUGGGGUGGUGUGUAGACAGCUGGCCUGUGGAGAUGCUGUAGAAGCACCAGGACGUGCUCGCUUUGGACAAGGGUCUGGGAGAAUAUGGAUGGAUGAUGUGUUCUGCUGGGGAUCCGAAUCCUUACUGAAGGACUGUAACCCACGAGGAUGGGGUGUACAUAACUGUGGUCAUGGAGAGGAUGCUGGAGUGAUCUGCUCAGCUCCAGCCCCUCGAAAAGUCCGGCUGGUGGGCGGGGCUGACCUGUGCUCUGGGAGAGUAGAGAUGCAUCAUGGGAGCUCCUGGGGCACGGUGUGUGAUGCUGACUUUGACCAGCAGGACGCAGAGGUUGUGUGCAGGGAGCUGGGCUGUGGAGUUCCUAAAGAGCUGCGGGGGGCAGCUGCGUUUGGCCAGGGGGAGGGCCCGGUGUGGGCAGAGGAGAUUCAGUGUUCAGGCAACGAAUCUCACAUUUACUUCUGUCCCAAAGCACCCUCACAGAAUCAACCCUGCUCCCAUGGAAACGAUGUGGGACUGGUGUGUUCUGGCAGUGAGGAUGUGAGGUUGGUGAAUGGAGGCAGCCCCUGUGCUGGGAGAGUGGAGGUUUACCAUCAGGGAGAGUGGGGGACGGUGUGUGAUGAUAACUGGGAUAUGACAGAUGCUGGGGUGGUGUGUAGACAGCUGGGCUGUGGAGAUGCUGUAGCAGCACCAGGACGUGCUCACUUUGGCCCAGGGUCUGGGAGAAUAAGGAUGGAUGAUGUGUCCUGCGGGGGAUCAGAAUCCACACUGAAGGAGUGUGACUCACGAGGAUGGGGUAAACAUAACUGUGGUCAUGGAGAUGAUGCUGGAGUGAUCUGCUCAGGCAGUGAGGAUGUGAGGCUGGUGAAUGGAAGCAGCCCCUGUGCUGGGAGAGUGGAGGUUUAUCAUCAGGGAAAGUGGGGGACGGUGUGUGAUGAUUACUGGGAUAUGACAGAUGCUGGGGUGGUGUGUAGACAGCUGGGCUGUGGAGAUGCUGUAGAAGCACCAAGAGAUGCUCACUUUGGACACGGGUCUGGGAGAAUAUGGAUGGAUGAUGUAUACUGCUGGAGAUCAGAAUCCACACUGAAGAAGUGUGACUCACGAGGAUGGGGUGUACAUAACUGUGGUCAUGGAGAAGAUGCUGGAGUGAUCUGCUCAGCUCCAGCCCCUCGAAAAUUCAGGCUGGUGGGCGGGGCUGACCUGUGCUCUGGGAGAGUAGAGAUGCAUCAUGGGAGCUCCUGGGGCACGGUGUGUGAUGCUGACUUUGACCAGUGGGACGCAGAGAUUGUGUGCAGGGAGCUGGGUUGUGGAGUUCCUAAAGAGCUGCGGGGGGCAGCUGCGUUUGGCGAGGGGGAGGGCCCGGUGUGGGCAGAGGAGAUUCAGUGUUCAGGCAACGAAUCUCACAUUUACUUCUGUCCCAAAGCACCCUCACAGAAUGAAUCCUGCUCCCAUGGAAACGAUGUGGGACUGGUGUGUUCUGGCAGUGAGGAUGUGAGGCUGGUGAAUGGAAGCAGCCCCUGUGCUGGGAGAGUGGAGGUUUACCAUCAGGGAGAGUGGGGGACAGUGUGUGGUGAUUACUGGGGUUUGAAAGAUGCUGGGGUGGUGUGUAGACAGCUGGGCUGUGGAGAUGCUGUAGAUGCACCAGGAGAUGCUCACUUUGGACAAGGGUCUGGGACAAUAGGGAUGGAUAAUGUAAACUGCUGGGGAUCAGAAUCCACACUGAAGGAGUGUUGGUCACGAGGAUGGGGUAUACAUAACUGUGGUCAUGGAGAUGAUGCUGGAGUGAUCUGCUCAGGCAGUGAGGAUGUGAGGCUGGUGAAUGGAAGCAGCCCCUGUGCUGGGAGAGUGGAGGUUUACCAUCAGGGAGAGUGGGGGACGGUGUGUGGUAAUUACUGGGGUUUGUUAGAUGCUGGGGUGGUGUGUAGACAGCUGGGCUGUGGAGAUGCUGUAGAAGCACCAGGAGAUGCUCACUUUGGACAAGGGUCUGGGACAAUAUGGAUGGAUCAUGUAUUCUGCUGGGGAUCAGAAUCCACACUGAUGGAGUGUUGGUCACCAGGAUGGGGUGUACAUAACUGUGGUCAUGGAAAGGAUGCUGGAGUGAUCUGCUCAGAGGUCAGGCUGGUGGGCGGGGCUGACCUGUGCUCUGGGAGAGUAGAGGUGCAUCAUGGGAGCUCCUGGAGCACGGUGUGUGAUGCUGACUUUGACCAGCGGGACGCAGAGGUUGUGUGCAGGGAGCUGGGCUGUGGAGUUCCUAAAGAGCUGCGGGGGGCAGCUGCAUUUGGCCAGGGGGAGGGCCAGGUGUGGGCAAAGGAGAUUCAGUGUUCAGGCAACGAAUCUCACAUUUACUUCUGUCCCAAAGCACCCUCACAGAAUCAACCCUGCUCCCAUGAAAACGAUGUGGGACUGGUGUGUUCUGGCAGUGAGGAUGUGAGGUUGGUGAAUGGAGGCAGCCCCUGUGCUGGGAGAGUGGAGGUUUACCAUCAGGGAGAGUGGGGGACGGUGUGUGAUGAUGACUGGGGUUUGACACCUGCUGGGGUGGUGUGUAGACAGCUGGGCUGUGGAGAUGCUGUAGCAGCACCAGGAGAUGCUCACUUUGGCCCAGGGUCUGGGACAAUAUGGAUGGAUGAUGUGUCCUGCGGGGGAUCAGAAUCCACACUGAAGGAGUGUCCCUCACUAGGAUGGGGUGUACAUAACUGUGAUCAUGGAGAUGAUGCUGGAGUGAUCUGCUCAGGCAGUGAGGAUGUGAGGCUGGUGAAUGGAAGCAGCCCCUGUGCUGGGAGAGUGGAGGUUUACCAUCAGGGAGAGUGGGGGACGGUGUGUGGUAAUUACUGGGAUUUGGCACAUGCUAAGUUGGUGUGUGAACAGCUGGGCUGUGGAGAUGCUGUAGAAGCAACAGGACAUGCUCGCUUUGGCCCAGGGUCUGGGAGAAUAUGGAUGGAUGUUGUGUCCUGCAGGAGAUCAGAAUCCUCACUGAAGGAGUGUGACUCACGAGGAUGGGGUAAACAUAACUGUGGUCAUGGAGAUGAUGCUGGAGUGAUCUGCUCAGCUCCAGCCCCUCAAAAAGUCAGGCUGGUGGGCGGGGCUGACCUGUGCUCUGGGAGAGUAGGGAUGAAUCUUCGGAGCUCCUGGGGCACGGUGUGUGAUGCUGACUUUGACCAGCGGGACGCAGAGGUUGUGUGCAGGGAGCUGGGCUGUGGAGUUCUUAAAGAGCUGUGGGGGGCAGCUGCGUUUGGCCAGGGGGAGGGCCAGGUGUGGGCAGAGGAGAUUCAAUGUUCAGGCAACGAAUCUCACAUUUACUUCUGUCCCAAAGCACCCUCACAGAAUGAAUCCUGCUCCCAUGGAAACGAUGUGGGACUGGUGUGUUCUGGGUACACUGAGUCCAGGCUGGCUGACGGCCCUGAUAACUGCUCUGGUCGAGUGGAGUUGCAGCACCUGGGUAACUGGGGGACAGUGUGUGAUGCAUGCUGGGACAGGAGAGCCUCCAAUGUCCUCUGUCAGCAGCUGAAGUGUGGGACUGCAGUAGCAGUGCCAAGACAGGCCUGGUUUGGAGAGGGGAGUGGGCCAAUCAGGGCUGAUGUGUUUGAUUGCCAUGGGAACGAGACACGCCUCUCACAGUGUGCUGUUUCCUCAUGGAGCCGAGCUGUGCUCUCACAUGGACAGGAUGCUGGAGUCAUCUGCUCUGGCUCUGCCCUCUCAGCUCUGGACGGGACGGUGCGGCUGGCUGGAGAGGGUGCGUGUGAGGGCCAGGUGGAGGUGUACUACCAGCAGACCUGGAGCAGAGUGGGGGGGUCCUGGAGCUUCAGUGAGGCCUCGGUGGCCUGCAGGCAGCUGGGCUGUGGCUCUGCAGUGCAGGUCUACAGCUCCUCUCCGUCUGGGACGGGGGGCAGUGGGGAGUGUCUGAUGGGGGUUCAGUGCUCCGGGAGAGAGGCUCACCUGGGGAACUGCAGCACUCCACACAAACUCACCUGCAGCUCCAGGGAACAGGUGUCCAUCGUCUGUUCCAAUCACAGGUCUCUCAGGCUGGUGGGGGGAGGGGGGGACUGUGCGGGACGGUUGGAGGUGUUCCACAGGGGCUCCUGGGGGACAGUUUGUGAUGACUCCUGGGACCUGGAGGAUGCUCAGGUGGUGUGCAGGCAGCUCCAGUGUGGGACGGCCCUCAGUGCCCCGCUACCCUCCUUCUUUGGGCCAGGAAAUGGACCUGUCUGGCUGGAUGAGGUGGGCUGUGUGGGGAACGAGACGUCCCUGUGGGACUGUCCCACAGCCGGAUGGGGACAAACUGACUGUGGACACAAGGAGGACGUGGGGGUCGUGUGUUCAGAAUUCAAGGAGAUGAGACUGACCGAGGGCUGUUCUGGGAAUUUGGAAGUUUUCUACAAUGGCACCUGGGGCAACGUGUGCUACAAUCAGCUGACUACAGACACAGCUACUCUCAUAUGUCAGGAGCUGAACUGUGGAAAGAGCGGAUUUGUGUCUAAAACACAGUCAAGACUGGAAUCAGCUCCAAUCUGGCUGGAUAAUUUCAGAUGUCGCCCACAUGACUCCACUCUGUGGCAGUGCCCAUCAAAGCCUUGGGGUGAGAAUACCUGCGGGCAAACCAGCGUGGCUUCACUUACCUGCACAGGGGAAGAGGAUGACCAACUCCCACGAACCAAAUUCUCAUGUUCCUCAACAGCAAAUCAGAGAGCUUGCACAAGUACGUUUUUUUUUUUUUUUGGUUGAGUCCUGUGGUAAGUUGUUUUGAAUAAGAGUGCCUAUUAAAUUUAAUGUAAACGUAAUGCAAACAGUAUCCACAAAUCUACUCUGGUUAGGCAUAGCAGAAAUCAUUGUGAGAGGUGAGCCAUAAUGUUAGCAGAGAUGUGUCUGUAGGAGAUGCUAAACAUAAUGAGAUCAGUCAUAGUGUUAGUGGAGAUGUGUCUGUAGGAGAUGCUAAACAUAAUGAGGUCAAUCAUAGUGCUAAUGGAGAUAUG